AUGAAACAACCAGAGACAAUCCAGCAGAUCUGCCUGGCUUCAACCAAAAGUGCAAAGUCACCUGUAUCUCCAAAGUCUACGCCAAGCGAGAUCCAGCGACAGCAAUUUGAAAAAUUCAACUCUCACUUCGCGGCUAUAAGCCAAGGAGCAAAGAAGUAUCCAAAUGGAUUCCACCGCGUUCCGCCUUAUCCACUUCUCGUAUCACAAUCGCUGGUUGAGAGGAUGAAAAGGUUGCAUGAAGCGCUGUCAAUUGCGUUAACAGACGUUGUUGAAAGAUGGUGGACGGAUGAGAAGGCAGCAUUUCCAUCCCGAAUGCCGGUUGAAGGUGAAGAAGAGGAGAUUCUACGCUGGGUUCAUGCUCAAUCUGAGAAAGGGAAUAUAAGACCCUUCAGGGAGUGUCAAGGACACUGGAGGGCAGACUUUCUCCUCGAAUCAACUACAGACAAUGCAGAUGCUGAAUUUGAAAACAUCCGCAUUUGCGAAAUCAAUUCUAGGUUCUCAGUCAACACGCAGAUGAUCGUAGCGUAUGGAUAUGCUGCGUGUACCGAGAUGGCCACCGAAGCAGGGUGUCUAUCAACCACAUCCACGAUGGAGGAGAUGAUAAACAGCCAGAUUGGCCUGUUCGAUCUGAAUCUACCAAUCCAUUUCGUGGCGGAUGAUUAUCAGUGUGACUUUUUAGAUCUGCUGCUGGCAUAUUUUGAACGGCAAGGGGGCAUUCAGCCACGAGUCAUCAAGUCGUCAGAUCUGUAUCUCAUCCCGGAUAUAGAUUCACCGACAGGAUUUGCACUCUACAGCAAAUCCGACCGUAACAAUCACGCCGAACCUAUCCACCAAGUGGGAAUGCUGCUCUUCCAGCACGAGCUUCGGUCUCUUCCGCGUGGCAUUCUUCGUCAUUUAGCACUGUGUUGUGUUAGUGAUAUACGCAGUGUUUUUCUAGUCGACGAUAAAAGGAUGCUAGGGAUUGUGCUUGAAGAACUGGAUAGUUUGUUGGAUCGUGGCGUCCUCGACAAAGCACAGGCAGAGAUACUCCGACAAGGCAUCGUUCCUACCGUCAUUCCUGGAUCGUUGGGACUGAAUAAUCUGAUCCGGAAAAGCCAAGAAUCGGAUACGGUAAAAAACAAGCAUAUCAUCAAACCAUUCCGAGAAGGCCGCGGUGAGGGGAUUCUGUUUGGGGAGGAUCUGAGCGAUGAGCAGUGGAGGAUACUUCUUACUGAAUUGAACGCGUAUAUUAUCCAGCCAGUCAUACGGCAGCCUCGCUUUGAAGUGAUGGAUGGAAAUGCACAGCUGUCCAAGAAACAUAUUGUCGGAUCGUAUCAUUUGACUGAUGGAAAUGCCACCGGAUUGGGAAUAUGGCGGGCUGGCCGGAGAAGAAUCUCCGAGCUGGCCCAGGGAGAAUCCUGGAUGGUCUCAAUGGCUGGAAAAAACGAGCUGAAAAGCAUCAUUUAA